CUCUAGAAAUAUGUAUGACUGAAAGGAGAGUUUACACUGUCAUAUCUAGUAGUGAUUGCCAAUCAUUCACAGAGAAGUUGCACAUCCCAGGAGGAGCAGGCUAUCCAAAAAAGACUUCCAAGAAAAUAUCAUCCAGGGAUGUUACAUUUUCUUAUAAUGUGAGGGUAUGCGGAAUAGGAGUUAUGAUCUGCAAGGAAGCUUUCCUAUGGGUUCAUGGCUUACAGAUACAUACACGAAGAGUGGGGAAUUUGCAACAUCAAAUGAAGAAGGGAUUUGCAGUGCCAAAAGAAGAUGGGAGAGGAAAACAUGAAAACUACCCAUAUAAAUUUCAAGACGAAGAUGUACAAAGAGUUAGAGAAUUUCUCAAUGCCAUAACGAAAUAUAACAGUCAUUACAGUACGCAACAGAACCCCAAUAAAGUGUAUUUGGAUUGUGAUCUCACAAUUGCUUCCUUUUUUCGAGAUAAAUACUCAGAAUACUGCAAGGAAAAUCAGGUUCCGGCAGUAUUUGAAAGUAAAUUCAGAGAAAUUUUCGUAUCUGAAUUUAAUGUAGGCUUCAAACUACCAAAAAGUGACACCUGUUCAAAAUUUGAUGGAUUUCUAAUUGCAAUAAAUAACCCAGAAUUAUGUGCAGAAGAAGUUACAGAAAAGAAACAACAAUAUGAACUGCAUCUCAAAAAGGCUGACAGAGGACAAAAUAUGACUGCGUCUUUAACUGCUCUGGCUAAAGAAAAUUCGAAAGAGCAUCAUGUGAUAGCAAUGGACAUGCAGCAAACAUUCCCCACUCAUAAACUAACAGUAGGUCCAGCAUUUUACAAGAGGAAAAUAUGGACAUACAACUAUGGUACCCACGACUGUGGAUCAAAUAAGGAUUAUAUGUUUCUGUGGAGCGAGAAAGAUGGAGGACGGGGUUCAGAUGAGGUUGGGAGCUGCUUACUGAAGUACUUGGAGAUAACUAAUCCCCAGACAAAACAUCUCCACAUAAUCAUAGACAACUGCAAGGGUCAGACAAAGAAUUGGACUAUUAUUGCUUUGGAAAGGUCCCUUGUUGCUACCAAAAGAUUUGAUUCUGUCCAGCAUUACUUCCCUGUGGUAGGUCACACCAUGCUACCUUGCGAUCGUGAUUUUGGUUUCAUUGAACGGUAUGCAAGAAACAGACGUCCAAUAGCGUACACUCCAGAUGAAUGGGCAGAAGUAAUAAAAUCUGCGAGUCCAAAACAUUUCAUUGUAACUAAAAUGGAAAAAGAAGACUUCAGAAGUUUGGAAAGCCUGAAGACAUUGACCUCAAAACGUACAGAAUCCACGUCUGGAAAUCCCCACCAUUUCAGUGAAGCUACUCAAUUUAAGUUUGAGUCUGAUGAUCCCUUCAAGCUAAGUGUAAAGCACUCUUAUUCAGACAUAGAAGCUUUCAUGUCAGUGAAUAUUCGUGUCAAAUACAAAGGAAGGCUAGUUGAACCAAAUCCAUAUCAGCUGCCAAUAAAGUACAGAAAGCCACUACCAAUUAACCAGAAAAAAACUGAUGAUGUACUGUCUCGUAUGCCAUACGUACCUGCAACAAAUCAAGAUUUCUUUCGGUCAUGUACUGGAAAUAAUGUGUACAAUAUUGAGGUAGAGGAACUUCCUUGA